CUGUGACUGCUUCCCCCACGGCUCCCACAGCCGCGCUUGCGACAUGACCACUGGGCAGUGUGCCUGCAAGCCUGGUGUCAUCGGCCGCCAGUGCAACCGCUGUGACAACCCGUUCACCGAGGUCACCACACUUGGCUGCGAAGGUCCGAGUUGCCCCUUGACUCCCCUCAGGUCACAGCGCAGGGACAGGCCACCAGGCUGGCGUGCACAUGUGUGUGUGCACUCAGGGUGUUUGGGGGGACCCUGGGCUCCUUCGUGUUCUACGUCCUCUUGACCUUCUAGAAACCUUGUUCUGCGUGAGGGGCAUGGGUCAGAGCCUGGUCACCCCAUCUCCAGCUCUGACGUGGAUGGGGGGUGGGGGAGACGCUAGGGUUUGGUUCUUAGUGGGAGCAGGGCCUCCUGCAGGGAGGGGCGCACACAGACAGCAGGGCCCGUUUGUGGCCGUCAGCACAGCGUGCCCUGCUGAGUGGCCUUCUCUCCUCUCUAACCCAGUGAUCUACAAUGGCUGUCCCAAAGCGUUCGAGGCCGGCAUUUGGUGGCCGCAGACCAAGUUCGGGCAGCCAGCUGCAGUGCCAUGCCCCAAGGGGUCCGUCGGAAAUGCAGUUCGACACUGCAGUGUGGAGAAGGGCUGGCUGCCCCCAGAGCUCUUCAACUGCACCACCGUCUCAUUCGUGGACCUCAGGACCGUGAAUGAGAAGCUGAGCCGCAACGAGACACAGGUGGAUGGCGCCAGGGCCCUGCGGCUGGUGAGGGCACUGUGCAAUGCCACGCGGCACAUGGCCACACUCUCUGGCACUGAUGUGUGCACGACCUACCAGCUGCUGGGCCGCGUCCUGCAGCACGAGAGCCGGCAGCAGGGAUUCGACCUGGCGGCCACACAGGACGCUGACUUCCAUGAGGACGUCAUCUACUCGGGCAGCGCCCUCCUGGCUUCAGCCACCAGCACAGCAUGGGAGCAGAUCCAGUGGAGCCAGGGUGGCACGGCACAGCUGCUUCAGCACCUCGAGGGCUACUUCAGCAAUGUGGCACGCAACAUGCGGCGGAUGUACCUGCGGCCCUUCGUCAUUGUCACCGCCAACAUGAGUAAGGCGCUGGCUGCGUGGGGGGUGGAACCCCACGAUCAUCGGGGCUCUACCCAGGAGCUGGGCCCAUGGGUGUAG